AUGUCGACCUCAAGUGCCGCUAAUUCUGACUAUAUAUAUAAUAUAUAUGAUCCAGCCGCCAUUGUCUUGAACUUAGAUCAAAGCCAAGAUGGGGAAGAUAGAAUAUACUUAUACAUUGAUUGGUGAACCGACUGAUUCGAUGGUAGUAGCCGCCAGCGACGAUGAUGUCGCCGGCUAUUUAAGAGGAUGGGAUUUGGCCAAUUAUAUCGAAACAUUCGCAACAAACGAUGUUACCCUGCACAGCCUUCCAUUUCUCAAAGAUGAUGUGGUGAAAGAGCUUAUUUCCUCUAUAGGGCACAGAGCUCAGUUUCUGUCCCACUGGGCGAAAUGGAAGGCGUCAAUGCAUAGUGCUCCUACAUAUUUACCAUCACCGAACAUGGAACCAUCCAAAAGUAUGGAAAACACUGAUGAACGCACCUCGGAACUCAUGCACCACGGCUCUUCUCAUCAAUAAGACACGAGAAAUGCUCUCCUCAAAUUAUUGAACGAAACAAAUGAUGUUGAAGCAUUGCUGGCCGAGGAAAAGACUAGGGGCUGUCUCUCCUCAAAGGGGCGAUCCACUUUGUGCAAGUUUAUUAUAAGAAGAGAACUGCAAGGUAACCCUACGGAAAGAAUAUCGGGGACAGACUUCUGGCCACAAAUACCUAUCGUGGUUAAAAUAGUGGAUAAUUAUACGGUGUACGCCAGAAAUCACUAUUUUAUAUGUUUUUCUUUCAUCACAUUCAUUCUAAACAAAUUAUUCAAUGUUUUUUCAAUAAACAAAUUUCAUCUUGAG